CAAAAUUUCCCGCGGACCUUCGGCAGACUCUUGAUCAUUUGAGAGUACGUUCGAAUUAGCUUCGUGGUCGAGUGAUCACUAGAGUCCUCACAGUGACAAGCGUCAGCCGGACACUCAACUCGCUAUUGACCAUUGAAUCUUGCCCGCGAUGGGCUCCAUUAAAUUCCCUGAGGAGGAGCAGCGGGUCCUGGAGCAAUGGAAUUCGAUCAAUGCCUUCCACCGCCAACUAGAAAUCACUGAGAAAGACAAACCAUAUGUCUUCUACGAUGGGCCCCCGUUCGCUACCGGCACUCCCCACUAUGGACAUCUUCUCGCCUCGACUAUCAAAGACAUUAUUCCUCGGUAUUGGUCAAUGCGAGGUAGACAUGUGGAGAGACGUUUCGGAUGGGACACCCAUGGUGUGCCAAUUGAGCAGAUCAUCGACAAGCAAUUGCAGGAAGAGCUAGGUGUUCGUGGCAAGGCUGCCGUUGAGAAGAUUGGCAUCAAAGAGUAUAACCGACGGUGUCGCGAGGUCGUCCUCACCUACGCCAACGAGUGGAGAACAGUGAUUGGAAGAGUCGGACGAUGGAUUGACUUUGACCGCGAUUACAAGACCAUGGACGCCACCUUCAUGGAGACAUGUUGGUGGGUCUUUGCACAGCUCUACCGUAAAGGCUUGGUCUACCAUGGUGCCAGAGUGCUGCCGUACUCGACGGCAUUGAACACGCCGCUAUCGAAAAGCGAGGCAAGCGAAGAAUAUCGCGAUGUACAAGAUCCUGCAGUUACAGUUUCUUUUGCAAUCCUUCCUCCUGCAGAACAACCGGAAAGUGCUCGCGCUAAGGUCCAGGAGUCUUUGGAUGCUGCUGGCGGUGAGCUCUACUUUGUCGCAUGGACAACCACGCCGUGGACACUCCCAAGCAAUAUUGCGUUGUGUGCGCAUCCCGAUUAUGAAUACAUUGUGGUGCACGACAACGAAACAGCCAAGACCUAUGUCAUGCUCGAAGCUGGACUUAAAGUACUGUUCAAGGAUCCUAAAAAAGCCAAGGACAAAUUCAAAUUGCUUCCUUUCAAGAUCAAGGGUUCGGACUUGGCAGGAUGGAGAUAUAAGCCAUUGUUCGACUACUUCAAGGAUCAAUUCAAGGAUCAUGGUUUCCGCGUCCUUCUAGAUUUAUACGUCAAGCAAGAUGAGGGUGUCGGCAUUGUUCACCAAGCUCCGGCCUUUGGUGAGGAUGAUUACAAUAUUUCGUGGCGAGAAGGUGUCAUCACAGCAGAGCGACAACCUCCCAACCCGCUCAAUGCGGCUGGAGAGUUUACAGAUGAGGUGCCCGACUUCGUUGGACAGCAUGUCAAAGCGGCAGACAAAAACAUUAUGAAGCUACUCGAGACCCGAGGCCAGCUGGUGCGGAAAUCCCAGAUCACUCACAGAUAUCCCUUCUGUCCGCGCUCGAAGACUCCUCUCAUCCAGCGAGCAGUACCAAGUUGGUUCAUCAAGGUCGAGAAUGUCGUGCCGCAAUUAUUGGAGAACCUCGAGAAAACGCAUUGGGUACCGUCGACGGUCAAGACGGGUCGUUUCAAGCAGUGGCUGGGAUCUGCCAAGGACUGGAACGUCAGUAGGAACCGAUACUGGGGUACGCCACUGCCAUUGUGGGUGUCUGAGGAUUUCAAAGAGAUUGUGUGUGUUUCUUCCGUGGCGGAGCUGAAGAAGCUUUCUGGAUUCGAGGGCGAGCUGAAGGACCUUCAUCGUGAUUCAGUCGAUCACAUUACCAUUCCUUCACAACAAGGCAAAGGCACGCUGAAGCGUGUAGAUGAGGUAUUCGAUUGUUGGUUCGAAUCGGGCUCAAUGCCAUACGCGUCCUCACAUUAUCCAUUCAGCUAUCCCGGUUUCGAUGCAUCAGAUCCUGACUCCGGGCUGUCACAUACAGCAGGGCCCGGAGAGAAGCUUUUUACCAAGUUCCCUGGAGACUUCAUCGCUGAGGGUCUGGAUCAGACUCGUGGCUGGUUUUAUACCCUGUCAGUUCUCGGUACUCAUCUGUUCCAAACUUUCCCUUAUCAAAACUGUGUGGUCAACGGUAUUGUUCUCGCUGAGGAUGGCAAGAAGAUGUCCAAAUCUUUGAAGAACUUUCCGGACCCGAUGAUCGUCGUUGAUCGGUAUGGAGCCGAUGCGCUGCGACUUUAUCUCAUUGACUCUCCCGUCGUGCGCGGUGAGCCGUUACGGUUCUCGGAGCUCGGAGUCAAGCAGAUUGUGUCAAACGUGCUUCUACCAUUAUGGAACUCUUACAAUUUCUUCGCCCAACAAGUCGCCCUGUUUAAGAAGAACAAUGAUGAGGAAUUCACGUUUGACCCGAACUUGCAGCAAUCAAACCACAACGUCAUGGAUCGCUGGGUCCUGGCCGCCACACAGUCACUGUUGCAAUAUGUCAACUCUGAGAUGGAAGCAUAUCGGUUAUAUACUGUCGUCCCUCGACUUUUGAAGAUGGUGGAAGAUGUCACAAAUUGGUACAUUCGAUUCAACCGAAACAGACUGAAGGGACAAUCAUCGGGAGCUAGCAAGGCAGCAACAAGUGGUGCAGAGGGUUCCGAGGGGGCGGAAGAAGAAGAGGGUAGCAAAGCUGACACACUCCAUGCGCUCAACACUCUUUUCGAAGUCCUCUUCACUCUGGUGCGCGUUCUCGCACCAUUCAUCCCCUUCCUCAGCGACAACAUCUUCCAACGCCUCUCUGUCCAUCUCCCUCCUUCUUUGACCAAAGACCAAGAUGUCCGCAGUGUCCACUUCCUUCGCUUCCCUACCGUCCGCCAAGAACUUUUCGACCCGAUCGUCGAACGACGCGUUGGCCGCAUGCAGAAAGUCAUUGACCUGGGUCGAUACUGCCGCGACAAACGAACAGUCUCUCUCAAAACCCCCCUCAAGACCCUCGUCGUCCUCCACCAAGACACCGAGUUCCUCGAUGACGUACGCCAGCUCGAGCGUUACAUCACCGAAGAGCUCAACGUGCGCGACCUCGUCCUGACAAGCGAAGAAAGCCAAUACGGUGUCGAGUACAGCGUUCAGGCCGAUGUGAAGAACCUUGGCCAAAAGUUCAAAAAGGAUGCUGCAAAGAUCAAAGCCGCCCUGCCCAAACUCACCGCCGAAGAGAUUCGGUCAUUCCUCGACAAGGGAUCGCUCGUCGUGGCCGGCCACGAACUCUCCGCCGAGGACCUCCGCGUCCAACGCGGUGUCAAACCGGACCCCGCCAACCCCGCCUCUGCUCAUCUUGAGCCCAAGGCCGAUGGCGACGUCAUGGUCCUCUUGGAUGCAUUCGCAUACCCAGAACUCGCUCAGGAGGGUCUCGCGCGUGAGGUGCUCAACCGUAUCCAGCGCUUGCGGAAACGUGCGGGUUUGGUACCGACGGAUGAUGUUCAGGUUUCAUAUCGCGUGCUCGGACCCGCGGCGACGGGAACCGAGGAGUCUGAUGCCGCUGGCGAUGCUGCCAACACUUCCUCUGCUGCCAAUGCUGGCGGAGAUGCCGGCGCUAAUGCGGAGGCUUCUCGUCUGGAGAAUGAACGUGUCUUGGAGGAAAUGUUCGAACAGCAGAAGGCGACUUUCGCCAAGGCUGCGAGUCACGGUGUCGUGAGCGAGGUGAAGGCGACUCCUUCUACCACUGCUGCUGUGGCGGAGGAGGAGACGGAGGUCAAGGAUAUUCGACUCGUGUUGCGGUUGCUUAAGCUUUGAGUCUUGUUCAAAGAGAGCCACUGUUCAUUGUUUCGCGAUACGUUUUACUUAUUGCUGAGAGUUCUAGCGAGAUUUUAGGUAGAUGCAGCAGAAAUAAAAGCGCUAUACACGUGAAC